AUGUCUUCCGUGAGCAAGUCGACGCCUUUAGAUAAGACCACCUUGAAGGGGUCAGUAUACGCCGAUGUGGACCAUGACCCGGUCACCACGGUGUUGCCGAAUGGCGACGUGCCGUAUACGGACCAUGCAAUGGAUGCGGAUGAGAGGGUUAUUGUAGCCCUGGGAUACAAGCAGGAGUUCAAACGAGAGUUCUCGUUAUGGACAACAUUCUGCGUCAGCUUUGCUGUGCUUGGACUACUCCCGUCAUUUGCAAGCACAAUAUACUAUGGAAUGGGCUAUGCGGGCACAGCAGGCAUGGUCUGGGGUUGGAUCAUCGCCAUGGUGUUCAUCCAAUGUGUUGCCAUGUCAAUGGCUGAACUGUGUUCGGCGAUGCCAACAAGUGGCGGUCUCUACUAUGCUGCUGCAGUACUCGCACCUCCGGGAUACGGACCAUUCGCGGCGUGGAUCACCGGGUGGUCCAACUGGAUUGGACAAAUUACAGCAGCACCGUCGGUGGAUUUUUCGCUGGCUGCGAUGAUCCUGGCUGCAGCGUCGAUACAAAACCCGGACUACGUGCCUACUUCCUGGCAAACAUUUCUCCUUACCACACUUAUCAUGAUCCUUCACGCGGCAAUCAGCAGCAUGCCAACGAAAUGGGUUGCGCAGUUUAACUCGUGGGGCUCAACGUUCAACAUGUUUGCGCUCAUUGCUGUCAUCAUUGCCAUUCCGGCCGGGACGAAGAAUGAACCCAAGUUCACCCCGUCGAAGGAAGUAUGGGGGACAAUCACCAAUCUAACCGACUUUCCGGAUGGGGUUGCAGUGCUCAUGACGUUUGUCGGUGUGAUCUGGACCAUGUCUGGGUACGAUUCUCCGUUCCAUUUGAGCGAGGAAUGUUCCAACGCAAACAUCGCCUCUCCGCGGGCCAUCGUGAUGACCUCGGGCGUCGGGGGCUUGAUGGGCUGGUUCUUGCAGCUUGUAGUCGCUUACACCGUCCUUGAUAUCGAGGCGAUAAUAGACUCUGAUCUCGGGCAGCCUUGGGCAUCAUACUUGCUGCAGGUGAUGCCUCAAAAAGCCGCCCUGGGAAUACUCGCUUUAACUAUUAUGUGGGUUCUCGAUGGGCCAGGGAUGCAUGGUAGCCGCCUCGCGAGUCACGUAGACAGUCGCACCAAAACACCCGUGAACGCUGUCAUCAUAAAUGCCAUUCUCGGGAUCCUUAUGUGCCUCUUGAUCCUCGCCGGGGAUGUAGCGAUCGGCGCUCUAUUCUCUAUUGGCGCCAUUGCGCAGUUCGUUGCUUUUGCGAUCCCUAUUUGCAUCCGGGUGUUCUUCGUUGGAAACCGUUUCCGACGGGGACCCUGGCACUUGGGGCCAUUUGGUCCCUACAUUGGAGCAACGGGUGUGCUCUUUGUGCUGCUGAUGGUGCCAAUUCUGUGCCUUCCCAGUGUGACAGGGGAUGACCUGACACCAGACCUGAUGAAUUGGACGUGUCUUGUCUGGGGCGCUCCGAUGCUAGCGGUAACCAUCUGGUGGGUGGUAGAUGCCCACAAGUGGUUCAAGGGUCCAAAGGUCAAUGUGGAGCAUGCCAUCCACCCCGUGGAGGAGGAGGAGCCCGUCGUUGUUGAUGUGGGGUUCGAUGGCGGCGAAGAAGAAUUGGACCGAAGUCAGGGCUGA